AUGAAGGAUGCCCUCACCCGCAAUGAAAUCUGGAGCCUCCUGGCGCUGCUUGUCACCUCUCUGGGGGUUAUCACCAAUACUUUCCAAGGUGACGGCCAACCCUUAAUCACUUCUCUUGCUCUCAGCGGCAUAGCCUUCGCAGCUACUUUUAGUCUAAUACGAUGGCUUGGAGGGGUUUUUGUCAAGGCAGGACUGAAGGGAAGAGACAUGGCGAAGUUGCGACGCGUUGAGCUACCAGAAGCGAUGGGAGCUGUUUGCGCAGUUGUUUAUAUACUAUUGCUGAUAGUUUUCAUUCCAUUCCCAUUCUACAAAGAUAUUGUAGCUGCAACUUCAGGUGGUGGGAAUCGAGACGUUGUAUUAGAGGUGCAACAUGUUGAAACGGGACGUUUUCUUCAUCGCUUCCCUCAUAGUAAGCUUGCCUCGUACCUCUCUGGUCUUUUAUCGCUUCAAUCAAUUUUGAUUCUCGGCAUCGGGGACGACAUGCUUGAUAUCCGAUGGCGGCACAAAGUCCUUAUCCCAGCUCUCGCUUCAAUUCCAAUGCUCAUAGUGUACUUCGUUGAUUUCGGAGUUACCGUUGUGGUUGUUCCGGUUCCGCUGCAGCCAUAUCUGGGCCCCUUCAUUGACCUGGGUUGGCUAUAUUACGUGUAUAUGGCUGCUGUUGCGAUUUUCUGUCCCAACAGUGUAAACAUGCUUGCUGGAAUCAACGGGAUUGAGGUAUCUCAGUCUCUAGUCAUUGCAGUCUUGCUCUUAAUAAAUGACGCUUUAUACCUUACCCCGUUCACCCCCUAUCCUCAUCCAGCGAUGGACUCCCACCUUUUCUCGAUGUAUUUUCUGCUGCCAUUCAUUGCCGUGUCCCUUGCGCUCUGGUUGCAUAAUUGGUAUCCGGCCAAAGUCUUCGUAGGAGAUACCUACUGUUACUUUGCUGGGAUGGUUUUUGCUGUUGUCGCCAUUCUUGGCCAUUUCAGCAAAACUCUUUUACUACUAUUUGUUCCGCAAAUCUUCAAUUUUCUCUACUCUACCCCUCAGUUGUUCCAUCUUAUUCCUUGCCCGAGACAUCGAAUUCCACAUUUUAACCCGCGCACGGGAUUACUUGAACCUUCAGUGACGGAAUGGCCACAUCCACCCAUGUUUAUCGUUUCAAAAGCUCUCGAGCUCCUCCACCGACUACGACUUGUGCGGAUACGGAAAAACGAGGUUGGAGAAAUCAUGGAGUCUACUAAUUUGACGAUUUUAAAUCUCUGGUUGGUAUGGUUCGGCCCAUUGAGAGAAGACAAGCUUGCCACGCAUAUUGUGAUCGUCCAGGCUUUCUGUGGUGUUGCUGGCUUGCUGGUCAGGCAUAAGCUUGCGCUAUGGGUAUUUUCGGAAGACAAUCGUGGAUUCAGAACAUUUGGAAAAGGGCCGUAGACAUAUAUAUACGUCACCAAUUUUAAAAGUUUUAACAGCCCAAUAAUUGUAUUCAUCGAUCAU